AGAUUCUCUGGUUCACACUGUGAAACAGAAAACCGACCGUGCUCCUCAUCUCCUUGUCUGAAUGGUGGGAUGUGCAAGGACAUAGAUGACAGCUACAGCUGUUUGUGUCCAUGGGGAUACACCGGGCAGAGAUGUGAAACUGAGUUAAGACCUUGCUUGUCAUCUCCCUGUAUGAAUGGUGCCACUUGUGAGGACAUGAGUGAUGGUUACAGCUGUGUCUGCACAGAAGGAUUUACUGGAGUACAUUGUGAGACAGAGAUCUUGGAAGUACCAGGGGCCUGUUCUUCCUCUCCAUGUCAGAACAAUGGCAUAUGUCAGGAAGUUGAGGGCACAUACUUGUGUGAAUGUCCUGCUGGAUACACUGGUGUAAACUGUGACAACCAGUUUGCCCCAGAUGUGUCCGAUGGCUGUGCCUGCAGGAAUGGGGGCCGAUGUGCAGACGGAAACAGCACCUGUCACUGCCUACCAGGAUACUUUGGUCUGCUUUGUGAAUAUGAGGUGACAUCACUUCCAUGCAGCAUGGGCUCUCAGUGUCCUGAUGGUGGAUCAUGCAUGGAGUAUGGAGGCAGUUACCGGUGCGUGUGUCACACAGAUUAUAUCAUCAGUAACCACACAAUGCCUUCUCCCUGUGACUCUGACCCUUGCUUGAAUGGUGGGAGAUGUGAAUCACACGAAGACACAUUUUCCUGUGUGUGCCUGCGAGGCUUUUAUGGAAGAACAUGUGAAAAAGUAAAGCCAGCUCUGUGCAGCCUGUUUCCUUGCCGAAAUGGAGGAACAUGUAGGGAAGUCAGUGAGGAGUAUUACUGUGUUUGUCCUUAUCCAUUUACUGGGAAACACUGUGAAACAGGCAUGAGAGGCCCCUGUUCAUCAGGUCCUUGUCACAAUGGCGGCACGUGUUUCCAUUAUCUUGGCAAAUACAAGUGUGAUUGCCCACCUCACUUCUCUGGAAGGCACUGUGAGAAAGCAGAGUUGGACUGUGGACCUCCAGAACAAGUGAAAUAUGCCCGGGAGGUGGUGACAUCAACAUGGCCAGGUGGUAUAGCUGAAUAUCAUUGUGAUGAUGGCUACAUAAUGAACACACCAAACAACACUCGUGUUUGCAGUGAAGAUGGAAUGUGGAGUGAGGCACCGCAGUGUGAAGAAAUUGAUGAGUGUGAAUCACAGCCAUGUCAAAAUGGUGCAGUGUGCAAGGAUCGCAUUUCUCAUUUCCUGUGUGAAUGCCCAGAAGGAUAUAUCGGUAAACACUGCGAAUUAGAGAUGAAUGAGUGCCUCUCUGAACCAUGUAAGAAUGGAGGCAGCUGCCAAGAUUUAGCCAGGGGAUUCUUGUGUACGUGUCCUGAGGGCUACAUGGGGACGCAAUGUGAGACUGAGCUGGAUGGCUGUGACUCUUCUCCAUGCCAGAAUGGGGGGAUCUGUGAGAAUCUAGCAGGCUCGUACCUGUGUGUAUGUCCUAGGGGAUUCUACGGCUAUCACUGUCAGACAGUGAGUGAUUUAUGUCUUAUGAAUCCAUGUGGCAGCCGUGGCGUCUGUGUGUCUGGUACAGAUGGCACUGUGAGCUGUACAUGUCGGACUGGCUAUACUGGGAUCACUUGUGAAAGAGAGUUGUUGCCCCCCCUCUCUUUGUCACUUGGCGCAGUGGGAGAGAACAGCGUGUGGGUGUUUUGGACUCCACCAGAGGAAGUGCCUGGACAUUUGCCUGAUGGCUUUGCUGUGAGCUAUACAGCACUGGACGGCUCCUCCCGGACUGACUUUGUGGAGAGGGGGAAUACUGAACAUGAGCUACGAGGUCUCAGCCCUGGGCGGCCGUACAACAUCACUAUUGUCACCGUGAAACGAAAUCUGAGGCACAAUGAUAUCAGCCGCCCGCUCAUACUUACUGCCCGCACGAGACCACCAACUGUGGAUAGAGCUCGUGUUAGUUCUGUCGCAGAAUAUUCUGUCACGGUCGCCUGGUCACUGAACCCCCACCGUCAUAUUCCUGUGGCUCAUGUGCGACUGUCACUGCAGCACCCAAAUGACAGGACGCAGCAAGCUGAGCAGGAGCCAUCGACAGGAGAGUAUACCUUC